AUGACCUCUUCACCAUCCUCCUCGUCAUCAACACUCAAGCAGACGCACCAUCUCAUCACCAUCCCGCUCUCGCCGCAACACGAAGAACAACUCAUAGUCUCCACCCUCUACCUGCGCGACUCCCUCUUCGUCUGGUGUGGCGUGACGGAUCGCGGUGCUGAGAUACAGGCAGAGCUCGCUCAGCAGGCAGCAGCUGCGUCAUCGUCUACAUCCUUGCCACCACCAGCCCAAGCUACAUCAUCCGACGACAAGCUGUCAGAGGCAGCACUCGCCUCUCUGAGCGAAGAAGAGCGUCGCCAACUGGAAGUGGAUCGCAAAGUGGACGAGGAGAUUGCCAAGGCAAUGGAAGCGGCCGGUCGCUCUGGACCCGCGGACGACGACGCAUCUUCAUCAACAUCGCAGCCCACCGGCCACCUAGCAAGAGAGUGGGCAAUGGCCAUGCAUACCAAGGCGGGCGCCAAUACUGCAGCCACUUCACUCUUUCGCACCCCUGCCGACACGGCUGCUCCGAUGGCCCGUCGAUUGGCAAAGAGGCUCGGCAUCCCACAGGUGCACCUCUCCCUUUCGCUUCCGCCAGACUUUGGGUUCAAUGCUGCGGCUGGAGCGGGUAUGGCAGGGCCAUCACCGCUACUGAGCUUGGAGAAGGGGAUCGAGGAAGCAGUCUCGGGCAACGCGGGCGGACGAAGAUGCUGA